CCAUGUGCUAACCCAGGACCUGACUUCCAGCCUCCUCAAAUCCCUGGAGUCUGCCGAUUCAACCUCAGUCUAGGAGAAUGUUCCUUUGGAGAAGCUGAGUGUGAGGGUGGUAUGGAGUACACAGAGUGUGGGUCCCUGUGUCCCCAAACAUGUGAGAGGCUGUUUGGUACCGAGGAGGACCAGCAGCCAUGUCCGGCUGUCUGUGUGCCAGGCUGCUUCUGUCCC